UUCAACGUUCAUGGCUGUUCAUGCACAUGGCCACAAUUGGUGUGAGGCCGAUGUACGCGCGAAGCCACAGCUUGACUGUGCUCGCUACGCUUCACCCGCCACUGUCCCAGCCAGCCAACACCAUAUUUCUGUUUCUGCCAGCUUUACUCGGUCCUGAUACAAUUCAGGCGAAUCUGAGACGUCCUGGCUGCUGUGACAUGUCUACCACCGACGCACCGUCUACGGCGCCACCUACUGCAGCCGCAGGGUCCUCUGCAGCGGCACAAGCAGCAGCAUUCGCAGAAGACCCUCGAGUCCAUUUUGACCGUGCAUCGGGCACAUGGCGCCUUGAGCAAGAUGACGGCGCCGAGCUCGAGUAUGAUGCGGCGAAGGGUGCAUGGGUCCUUUUGCUGGACGAGGACCUAGUGAAAGCCCAGCAGGCGGCGUAUUCAGUGGCAGGAGUGGACGAGGAGACACCCGCCGCCCCCGUGCUGAAGCGCACUAAGAAGCGCAAGGAACCCGAGGACUACACUUCCAGUACCGUCGGCUCCAGCUCAGGCCCUGCCACCAAACGCGGCAAGAAAGGAGACAUGAACGGCCAGACAGAGCGCAAGUCGAAGAACACUGCGGUCUAUGUUACGGGCCUCCCUCCCGACACAGAAAUGGACGAAGUCCAUGCACGUUUCUCGAAGUUUGGCCUCAUUGAGGAGGACGACGAAGGGGUGCCGAAGCUCAAGCUCUAUGCCCGCGACGACGGGACGUUCAGCGGAGACGCGCUUGUGGUGUACUUCAAGGAGGAGUCGGUCGACCUCGCGGUCAGCCUGCUGGACGAUGACGAGCUAAGGAUCGGGGACUCGAACACACGAAUGAGGGUCCAGCGUGCCGAAUUCUCCCACAAGCAUGAAGGAGAGGCGAAGAAUGGCGAAGCGAAGCCACGGAAGACGAUGUCAGAUAAGAAGAAGGCGACGAGGCGCAUUGGAAAGAUGCAAAAGAAAUUGGGCGAAUGGGACGACGAAGAUGGCUUCGGGCCAUCAAUGACGGAGGAAGACAAAGCACCACUUGUCAACAAAAGCAGGGUGGUUGUGCUCAAGCAUAUGUUCACGCUCAAGGAGCUCGAGGAGGAUGCAUCGUUGCUACUCGACCUCAAGGAUGAUGUCCGAGAAGAGUGUUCAGGUCUCGGAGAAGUCACUAAUGUUGUCCUCUAUGAUAAAGAGCCAGAGGGUAUCAUGUCGGUCAAGUUCCGCGACCCACUCAGCGCACAAGCCUGCAUAAUCAAAAUGAAUGGCCGGUUCUUUGCAGGAAGACGAAUCGAAGCGUCGUUGUACGCCGGUAAACAGCGCUUCAAACGAACAGUGGAUGACACAUUGGAGGACGGCGGAGACGAGGGCGAGAAGAAGCGAUUGGACGACUUCGCCCAGUGGCUCAUGACCGAGGGAGAUUGACGACCCAGCACACGACGAU